GAGUAAUGCAAGGAGCACUUUCAGACUCACCCAACCAGCUUGCUAACUUCCUCUAUGAAGACAGUAAGGCUGCACUUCAUUUCACUAUGGCCUCCCUUGCUGCAGCAAAUGCAGAAUUUUGCUUCAACCUUCUCAGAGAGAUGGAUAGCAAUCAAGGAAAUGGAAAUGUGUUCUUUUCCUCUCUGGGCCUCUUCACUGCCCUGGCCAUGAUCCGUCUGGGCACUCGGGGUGACUGUGCUUCUCAGAUUGAUAAGAUACUUCACCUCAAUAUGCUUUCAGGACAUGGAAGCUCUUCUAAUAAUCAGCAGCCGGAUUUCCAGUCUCAAAUGAAAAGGGUACUCUCUGAUAUAAACGCAUCCCACAAGUAUUACGACCUCAGCAUUGCCAAUGGCCUUUUUGUAGAAAAAGUUUUUGACUUUCAUGAGAACUAUAUUAAGUGUGCGGAAAAAUUAUAUAAUGCCAAAGUGGACCGAGUUGACUUUACAAGUGACAUAGAAGAUACAACAUAUAAAAUUAAUAAAUGGAUUGAAAAUGAGACAAAUGGCAAAAUCAAGACUGUGAUUCCUCGAGGUAGCAUAAGCUCAUCAGCUGUGAUGGUGCUAGUGAAUGCUGUGUACUUCAAAGGCAAGUGGGAAUCAGCCUUCAUCAAAAGUGAAACUAUAAAUUGCCGUUUCAACUCUCCCAAGUGUCCUGGGAAAACAGUUGCGAUGAUGCACCAAGAACGGAAGUUCAAUUUGUCUGUCAUUAACGAGCCAUCUAUGCAGGUUCUUGAGCUCCGAUAUCAUGGCGGCAUAAGCAUGUACAUUCUACUGCCUGAGCGUGACCUAUCCCAAAUUGAAAACAAACUGACCUUUCGGAAUCUAAUGGACUGGACAAGCCCAAGAAAAAUGACCUCUCAGUAUGUCGAGGUGUUUCUUCCUCAGUUCAAGAUAGAGAAGGAUUAUGAAAUCAAACACUAUUUAAAAGCCCUGGGACUGAAAGAUAUCUUUGAUGAGUCCAAAGCUGAUCUUUCUGGAAUAGCUUCGGGAGGUCGUCUAUAUAUAUCAAAACUAAUGCACAAGUCAUACAUAGAGGUGACCGAGGAGGGCACCGAGGCGGCUGCUGUCACAGGAAGUAACAUUGUAGAAAAACAGCUCCCUGAGUUUAAGGUGUUUAGAGCUGAUCGCCCAUUCAUAUUUAUCAUCAGGAAGAAUGACAUCAUUUUAUUUAUUGGCAAAGUCUCUUGCCCUUGAAAUUCCAGUUGAUUUCUAUUACACAAUCCCUGCAACAUCCCAAACCACCUCAAGUGAAUAGAUUUGAGUUUCGCUGGAAACCUGUAAUGUUUCCUUUGAUCUUAUUUCUUCCUGACAUUGGAUGGCCAGUGAAACAGGUUACUUGACCCUUCUCAGAUACCUGGUCCCUGCUCUCGGUACUCUACUGCCGUUUGUCUCACCUAUUUCUGAUUGUGUUGUCUUUCUACUCACAUUCAUUUACACUAUUCUCCCUCAUAACCCAUUUGGGAAUUAUGGAGAGUGCUCUGCUGGUACUGAUGAUUGUAGAAGCAGCCCUAGAAAUGUUUUUAGAAACUGUACAGUGAUCACAGAUAUUCUAGUUUCAUUAUAAAUGAUUUAGGAAGUAACUCAGAUAUAAAUGCAAUGGAUAACUUUCUCUUGCUGACCCAAGGAAACGUUAGAGUUUAACACGUGCGAUUUUAAAUCACUGUAUUUUCUAGAUACUAAAAAAUAUGGCAAUGGGAUUGGGGACCAACUAAACUAUUUUACUAAUAAUUUCAACUUGUCAUCUUUUUAGUCUCCCUUUAAUAAAAUGUAAUAUGUACAUAGUUUUUCAAAUAUCAAGUACCUUUCAACUCUUGCCAGUUGUUAUUUACAGUAUAUUAUUUCACAUGCUGUGUAGAUUACAUGUUUUUUCCUUAU